AAAGAGAGAAAGCAGAGCUGCAGAACAUCCAGAAGCUUCGGCUUUCCUGGAAAGGCCAUGAUUCCAACUGGCUCUCAGCUGAGAGGAGAAGUGAGACGAUGAAAACCUGAAACCAUCUAGGCCAUGUCACAGCCUGUAAAGAAGAUUUAGCCUCAAGGAGAAGAGCAAGGAGACCUCCUUGAAGCGAGUGGGGAAGGUAGAUCUCAGGUAGCUUUCAAGUUGUCCUCUUGUCCGAGUCAUCAGAGAAAGGCAGAAGGAGGGGGAUCAGCAUUUGGUUCCAGGCAGCUAGCAGACAAUGAACAUCUGCUGCAGCUGCUCUGAAGGCUGAAGGCUGCUUAGUUGGGUACAGAUGGAAGGAAGAAUGGAUGGACCUGAGCGUACACCAGAUCUGGUCAUCCUGGGGAGUUGGAAAACCAUUUAUAUGGACACGAAAGAAGAAAAGCACUGCCCUGAAAUCAAGGUGGAGAGAAACAGCGAGAUGAACUGUCACCAGGAAAGUGGGGAUACUGGUCCGACACUGGAACAAGGGGCAGAGUCAAAGAGAAGAAUCCUGGGUAAGGACAUGCCAGAUCAAUCCAUUCCCACCGAUCAGGGAGUGGGCUGUUCUGGGCAAGCAGGAGUGAUGGACCCAAGUCAGCAGGCAGCUGUGGCAGGGAGUGUCCGAAACAGCACGUCCCUCCGCAAAGCAUCUCACCGGAGCAUCCAGCGAGGCCUCGCCGGGCAGGAACCACACCGGGCCAACCAGCCAUUUAUCAGCCUGCAGCCCCCAAUGGCUUCCCGCGUGGAGCAUGCAAGCGAGGCAGAUGCCCUCGAAGACGGCGUGAGCUGGAUCAACCCAAGAACAGGCAAAACGAUGAAAUGCAAAAGCCAACAGACAAGUAGGAUUUGGCAGCUGAAGCCCCUCUGUGCAAUUCUACACCCUUCAACAGAAGAACCCCAGGUAAGCCAAGACUCAAAGGAAAGUGAAGAGGGCAGGUCAGGAGAAAGCACCUUUUCUUCAGGUAAGACAAAGAGAGAGGGACGUACGGGGCAGGAAUCGCACAGCAGCAACCAGGAGCAAGAUUUACAUAGUGGCGUGGGCCCAUCCCAGCUUCAGAGCCAACAUCUAGGGAAAGCCCAAGAGAUUAGUCAAGAGCCAGAAAAUCAGAAACCUCAAAAUCGCAGUGAAGAUGGCCCAGCAUCUCAGGAGACACCACAGCCUUCUCAGGUGAGGCCCACAGAUGGAGCUGGUACAAAUAGGGCCACCACUUGGAUCAGCAAGAAAACUGGCUCAGAAAUGGUCAGCAGAAAUCAACAGACAAGCUUGGUUUGGGAGAGGAAGCCCCUUUCAGAAAUUCUUCACCCGGCAAUUCAGCAACCCCAGGAAAGCCGAGAAUCAAAAAAAGGAGGGUCAAUGGGGAAGGUGGUUUUUUCAGAAGAGAGCAGGUCAGGGAAGAUCACGGUGCUUUACAGUGAUCUGCAGCCAGAAGCAUCGCCAUCCCAACUUGGGGGUCGAGAGCAAUGGAGGUGUCAAGCGCCAGAGGAACAGAAGGUAUGGGAUUCCACUAAGCAACGCAAUGGCCAAGGCUCACCAGAUGUCCCCAAACAUUCCCGGUCAUCACAGACAGACGUAGCUGGUGUCAAGAGGGACCACACUUGGGUCAGCCAAAGAACUGGAGCUGAAAUGAAAUGCAAAGGUCAGCAGACAAGCAGUACAUGGGAAAUGAAACCUCUUUCGGAAAUUCUACAGUCCGCAGGUCAAGAAUCUCAGCAAAAGAGAGGCAAGGUCAAUGGAAGAGCAAGAAUGUUUGACAGGGCUCGAUCUGACGUUGGAAGUAAAGUGAACAGGGAGAUGACGCUGUCGUAUACGGAAGGAGAGGAAAUUGAACAAACAUACAGCAUAAUUUCCCUGGAAAGGGGAAUCCUGUUAAACAGGAAAACCCGCAAAAUCCUCGUAAACCGUGGUCAACAGACAGUGGAGGCCCUCCCUUCCACCACUGUUCAAAUAACACUGGAUAACUACAGAAGAAAAGGGUAUCAAACUCUGGUAGUAAAUGAACCAGAGACCACAGUGGAAGAAAGCGAAGGGGGAGGAAGUGCUUCUAGGGGGCAGCAAACCAUCAGUCAAUGGGUCCACAGUGACAUGCAUAAUCGAAGGGCGUAUCAAGACUCCAUGGAGUCAUAUGAGACAUUUGUAACUAACAAGCAUCCUAGUGACGAGAUCCUGUUCAAAAUAGAGUCAUCGUUGGUAUUUGUGCCCGUAGAUGAGGAGGACCUCCUGUUGAUCUAUGGCCAAGAGGAUUCUGAGAAGGAAGGAAGCUUCAUCAACAACCAAACGGGCAAAGAGUUGGAAUCGCGGUGCCUGCAGACAGAGGAGCUUUUCUUCCACAAGCCUGACCUGGAGGCAAAAGCGUUGGAAAGCUAAGUCAAACCCCACCACCCCCAUCCCCAUCAGAAGGAGUACACUGGAAAGGAAUUCCUUAACUGAAUGGAUUAUCUGUCUGGUGGGUGAAGCCUGAGUACCAGCAAGACCCAAAAAUGGGAGUCCACUCGAGGGAUUGUAGACACACGAAAUGGAAUAAUGUGCCCUGACAGGUGUUGGUUAGGCAGAUAAAAGAAGCACAUCGUGAAUGGGGUUAGGAAAGGCAGAAGAAAAGAAAAUAAACAUAACCCAGGGAGGAUC